CCAUGACUUGAAACUGAGAGACUUUGAAACUUGAAAAACCAGUAUCAGGCACAACUAAACAAGAAACGAAAGGACUUGAAAAUCAGUAAAAACACUAGCCCCAGGUGCUUAGAGUUUAGUAUAGGCAACUAUGUCUAAAAUAGACCAGACCCGACUUGGGGACAUUCUAUUAUUGAUCAUUAUAAGAAGCUAUAUUUGCCUUUUGAAAUUUAAAAUACAAAUUUAUUUUUUUUAACUUUUUCUCAAAAGAAGAAUACAGUAGUACUAUGCCAUUUGCGCCCAAUUCUAAAGGUAGCUCAAAUGAUGAAAACAUUCAUUAAUUCCUUUCACUAAAAUUCUUUAGUACAAAAAACUAUAAUAUAUAUACAUAUGUAUUAUGUAUGUAUAUUAAAUUUAUACUAAUCUCUGAUAACUAGCUUAUUGCCAUAAAAAAUAGUACUUGGAAUCAUAAUAUAAUUUAUGAUUACGAAUAUGUCAUUUUUACGUAUGUUAUUCCCAAAAAUUAUUGUUAAACAAUAAUUAAUUUUGUGCUCUUGUUUUUCUUUUUCUCUUGUAUUCUAGUAUAUAUACAAAUGUUAAUGGUUGGGGCAAGGGAUUGGAGUGGUGCCAUCUUUGCAUAGCCCCCUAACUUUUUAGUUUAUAAUUUUUUUGAGAGAAAUUGAUAAAAUUUAUUGUUAAAAUAUAUAAAUAGGGAUAUGAUUUUGUCCCGUGAUGUACUUUCACGGAAUGUAUUUCAUGGUACAUUAGAUGGGUCUCAGGGUACAUUAAAUGAGUGUUAGGGUACGUUUCUACUUUUUAACCCUAAUUAUCCCUAGAUCAAUCUCAGCCGUCAGAUCAAAUAACUCUCUCAUCUGACGGAUUACAAUCCGUGAAAGUACAAUAACGCUACAAAAUCAUAUCCCUAUAUGUAUAUACAUAUGCAUAUACAUAUAUAUUUAUUCAUUAUGAGUACAUGAAAAAAAUUAUAUUGUAUUGCUAUAUUGUCAAUUACUUUUUUUUAUAUUAUAUAUUUUGUGUUUGUUAUUUAAUUUUUUUUGUUAACAUAUUUGUUAGUUACUUGUUUACACAUAUUAUUUUUUACUAAUAAAUUUUACAUAUUACUUUAUAUGUUGUACAUAUAUAUUUAUGUGUGGUUUAUGUAUAUAUGUAGAUAUUGUCAUGUAAUCUUUUUUAUUAUUUAUUAUUUGUAGAUAAAAUGGCUUGUUUAAGUUUAGCAAGAAAGCAAAAGUUAAUUAUUGUGGUGCAGAAUUUAACUGUAAUUUUAGAUGUUAUUUUAACUGUAUGUACUAUUGUGAGUGCUUAUGUAUGGAUAAAUUUUAGAAGACGCCUCAAUCAACCAUUAUCCAUAAUGAGAGUCUACAAACAGUUAGAAAACUUGCAUGAUUUAGUAUUUGCAAGUGAUCUCAAUUGUGUUUCACAAUUGAGAAUGAAUAGAGAAACAUUUCAAAGGCUAUGUAACAUACUUAGCAGUAGGGGAAAUUUAAGAAAAACAAGAAAUGUCUCUGUCGAGGAGAUGGUAGCAAUAUUCCUAUACAUUCUAGCACACCACCAUAAGAAUCGAGUUGUUGGUUAUAGUUUCAAAAGAUCAAGAAAAACUGUUAGCAAAUAUUUUCAUGAAUGUUUAAAUGCAAUGAUUCGUUGCCAAAAAGAAUUUUGGAAAACACCUGAGCCAAAAUUAGAGACCUCAAUAGAUCCAAGGUGGAAAUGGUUUAAGAAUUGCCUGGGAGCAUUAGACGGAACCUAUAUAAGAGUUCGGGUACCCGAAGCUGAUAAGCCAAGGUAUAGAACAAGAAAAGGAGAGACUGCAACCAACGUUUUAAGAGUUUGUUCACAGGACAUGCAAUUUAUAUAUGUCCUACCGGGUUGGGAAGGCUCAGCACAUGAUGGACGUGUAUUGAGAGAUGCUUUUUCUAGAAGAAAUGGUUUAAAAGUCCCUAAUGGCUAUUAUUAUUUAGUUGAUGCUGGGUACACCAAUGGUCAAGGUUUUCUUGCACCUUUUAGAGGGACACGAUAUCAUCUUUAUGAUUGGAAUGAUGGAUACCUUCCAAACACAACAGAAGAGUUCUUUAAUAUGAAGCACUCAAGUGCUAGGAAUGUAAUUGAGCGUUGUUUUGUAUUAUUAAAAAUGCGAUGUGCUAUUCUCAGAAGUCCAUCCUUUUAUGACACGAAAACACAACGACGUAUGAUUUUUGUUUGUUGUAUGCUGCAUAAUUUUAUUCGAAGAGAAAUAAACAUUGAUCCAGUGGAGAAUGAGAUGAACAGUGUAUUGGGAAAUCAUCCCAUAACAGAUAAUAAUUAUAUUAAUAAUAUCGAGUCUUCAUAUUUAUGGACUAUUUGGAGACAAAAUUUGGCAGAAAAAAUGCAUAAUACGUGGCUAGCAAAUAGAUGAUUAGAAUACUAGUAUUUAUAUUUUAACAAUUCUAAUAAUGAUUUGAUGUAUGAAAGACAUAUGAUUAUGUGUUUGCUUUAGUAAUUU